GAUAUUAUAAUGGAGGGAACCUCAGUGGGACUAGAUCCCAUGGUCAACCUAUGUAUAGAGAACUAGAGAUAUAGAGGUGACUUUUAUAAUUUCCAAUACUCAGAUUCGUGCCUCUACUCAUUCCUUCCUUUGAUUAUUAAUAGUCGCAGCCACCCACCCACCCAGCCACCCACCGCACAAGUCUCCUUCAUCUCUCUUUUAAACACCCUUUGCCUCCCUCAGUCCCUUUAAGCCCAUACCAUAUAUCUUCCCCUCCAUUCCCGUCCUUCCUUACCGUACCAUCCCGCACAAAUGGGUUUUGGUGAUGCUGCUAGUAGCCCUGGCCUUCACCUUGUUCUAGGGUUAGGCAUGACCGCUGCUCCAUCCAAGGCUGACCAUAAUAGCAGGCCAACCAAGAGCUCCUGCAAUUUCUCGCCAACAAGUAGUUGUGAGCCAUCUUUAACCCUGGGUCUUCCGGCCGAGACUCCACAACAAGUCCCGAAAAAGAUUGACGUGAACAAAAGUUGUGAGGAUCCUCUUGAAUUUUCUCGCCAAACAUCACCUCACAGCGCCGUCUCAUCCUUCUCCGGUGGGAGAGUGAAAAGGGAGAGAGAUCUCUGCAACGAUGAGGUCGAGGCGGCGGAGAGGAUUUUUUCCUCGAGAAGGAGCGACCAAGACGAAGACGGAACUAAUGCCAGAAAGAAGCUCAGACUCACCAAAGAACAAUCCGCCUUGCUAGAGGAGAGCUUCAAACAAAAUAGCACUCUCAAUCCUAAGCAGAAGCAAGCUUUAGCCAGGCAGCUAAAUCUGAGGCCAAGACAAGUUGAAGUAUGGUUCCAAAAUCGGCGAGCCAGGACGAAGCUGAAGCAGACGGAGGUGGACUGCGAAUUCUUAAAGAAAUGCUGCGAGACGCUGACGGAUGAAAACAAGAGGCUGCAGAAGGAGGUGCACGAACUGAAGGCGCUGAAGCUUGCCCAACCUCUGUACAUGGCUAUGCCUGCGGCCACCCUGAGCAUGUGCCCGUCUUGUGAGAGGCAGGGCGGUGUCGCCGGCGACGGCGCUUCUAACAAGAACGUCUUCUCAGUGACACCGAAGCCUCAUUUCUACACGCCCUUCCCCAAUCCUUCCGCGGCAUGUUGAUCAUUCCUAGGUUUUGAGGAACAAGCAGAUCAACGACACAAGUAUUCCCCAGGGCCACUGUAUUUUUUGGUUGCGGGAUAUACACGUAGGAAACGGUGUAAUUAGCUAAUACUGUGUAGAGAAAUAGUAACAACAGUUCCGACCCCUUUAUUUUCUUUCAUAUGUUCAUAAAUCUUUAUAGAAGACAUCUAUCGAUCAA